AGGAUUCCAUGGCUGUUCAGAACAAAAUGAGUGAUCCUCGGCGCAUAGUCUUGCCAAAAUCCAUACCAACACCAUCAAUAGCAUUCCUCUAUGUUUUCCCUCACCAACCCAGGUGUGGUGAUUUCUACUUCAUCUCACAUCUUUCUGAGACCACCAAAUCGCUCACUCCAUUGCUACCACAUUAAGCCAACCCAAUUCACCAUCUCUAGAUCGUCCACAACAACGAUCAAAGCCAACAUUGAUGAAAAAAAUUCGAUCUCCACUGCCCCUGUUAUCGUUCAAGAAGAAGAUGACGUACAGUCGACAUCCAAUAAGGAAGUCAAGGAGAGCGUAGAACUACUCAAGGAAGCUGCAAAAACUAAAAAGGUUGCAGCUACUGAGAUUAUAUCGGCCUUCAAAUUGCUCGAGAAGGCUAAACUCGAUCCUUCAAAGUUUUGUGAAACUCUUGGUGGAUCAGAAUCCCCUGGAAGAACUUGGAUGCUUAUAUUUACUGCAGAGAAAGGAUUGAAAAGUGGCAAAUACUUUCCGAUUACGGCUGUUCAGAGAUUUGAUGCAGCUGCAAGGAGGAUCGAGAAUGGGGUCUACCUAGGACCACUUGGGUGCCUAACAUUUGAAGGCAGGUUUUCAUGGAAAAAGAGAAUACUUGCUUUCGUAUUUGAGCUACUUCGGAUAAAAAUUGGACCUUUUAACCCAAUUGAGAUAAACAUCAAAGGAAAUGAUGAAAGUGAACCAACCUCCAAGAAUCCUUUCUUUAUAUGGCUUUACAUUGAUGAAGAAAUAGCUGUAGCUCGAGGCAGAAGUGGGGGCACGGCCUUCUGGUGUCGAUGUCAGCGUGUCAUAAGCUUGUAGAUUCUUUUGGUUUCUGAGGACCCUACAAGCCAUGGCCACUCCGACUCAGGUAUAUAUAUAUGUGUGUGUAGUUACCAAGUAUUUGUGUAGAAUUUUACUUUAUCUUUUACUGUAAGCAUCUCAAUCCAUAAAUCAACAUUUUGAUUGCAUUUGUGAUUCUAUUCCUUAUGGUUUUACGUGGUUUAUAGUUGAACAACUAUGCA